CAAGGAAGUGCAGCAUGGAAAAGCGGGUUAGCAAUUCGGCCAAUGAGCGCGCGCCAUUUUUUGCUAUAGCAGGGACCAAUACAGAAAAGGCAUACUCAGUCGUCCAAGCAAAGCAUUCGGCUUUCAAACUCUAACAUGUUGCGAUUCUCUGCAUUUUUGCUGCUGUCAUUAGUAGCAUGUCUUGUGAGCGCAAUAAAAUUUGACCUAGAAGCACUCCCAUCAUCCACUGCUUUCGCACACAGAAAGUGCCUGUCUCAACAUGUUGGCGACAACACCAUGGUCAUCGUCACCGUGAAGGUUGGCGAAGGCUACAAUCAGCGUGUCGAUCUAGAGAUUUUCGACGACAGUGAGAGCAUCAACAAGUAUGCUACCAGACGGGAUGUCGGUGAACAGGGCGCAAGACUUGCCUUCAGCACUCAUGCCGAUGCUUCUAUCUUUGUUUGCUUCACUAACACACUCUCAGAUGGUUUCAACCCUGGCCCCAACUACCGACGUACAAUUGAUGUUGAUUAUGACAUUGGUGCCGAAGCUUUGGAUUACAGCAAGAUUGCAAAGGCAGAGAAGCUUGAACCUUUAGAGGUUGAGCUUCGCAAGCUGGAAAAGGUCGUCCAGGAAAUUUGGGAUGAGAUGGAAUAUCUCAAGAGACGCGAAGCCAAGAUGAGAGACACCAAUGAAUCCACCAAUGAGCGCGUUCAAUGGUUCAGCAUCAUCACUUUAUUGACUCUCGUCAGCUUGGGAACUUGGCAAGUCAUGUACCUUCGCCGCUUCUUUAAGCGCAAGAGACUUAUUGAUUAGGUUUUUCACUUUUUAAAAAGCACCUCCCACUUCAAAUAAAAAGAAAAACGUGUAAUUCACUGCAAUCAACCGUCUCUAGAGUGGCUU